GCCAACAGACGCUGAAAGGAGGGAAGGAGGAUCCAGAGCUGCCACUGACACAGCAGAGCUAAUACUCUGAGCACACACACACACCCACCUACACAAACACACACCUGUGGCUGCAGCACACUGCUCAGAGCACUACAGAGGAGGACCUCAGCCACUUUGACUUCAGAAGAAAGAGAACGUGUGUUUUGGAGAGCAGUGGGAGAGAGCUGAGCCCAGAGAGAUAAAGAGAGGACACACCGACACUCAGCAGACCGCAUAGUCCACCAGAGACUAGACAGAGGAGAGGGAAGGCUGCAGAAAAUGGACCGCACUCCUCAGAUCUGGACUGUGCAGGGCAACCCCCCCGACACGGGCCGAGAGCUGCAGAAGAGGGUCUCGGUGGCCAACCAGCCGGAGUGCUCCAUCUGCUACAACACCUACGACAAUGUCUUCAAGACCCCCAAGCUGCUGGAGUGCACCCACACCUUCUGCCUGGAGUGCCUCUCCCGCCUCAUGGCCGUGUCCCAGGCCGAGCUCGACAGCAACCGGGGCAGCAACAGUGACAGCAAACACCUCUCCUGUCCCUUCUGCCGCCACCCCACAGCCCUCUCAGAGGAGGGCCCCCCCGCCUUGGCCACCAGCCGCGAGGUCCUGUGCAAGCUUCCCAACCACCAGCAGCAGGAGAAGCCCGUGUGGCUGGAGGGGGGGAAGCUGUGCUACAAAAGCUCCAGGCACAGCACCAGCGUGGGCGCCCCCGAGAGUCCCACGGCCUUGUGCGUCUGCAUCGACAUUGGGGCCACCAAGACGGCCGGCCCCCCGGUGCAGACACCGCCCCCUAGUGGUGGCGUGCUGGGCCGCCUGACAGACUGGAAGAGGCUGAUGCUCUUCAUCGCGCUCAUCCUGCUGCUGGUGGUGAUCGUGCUGUGGCCUCUGCAGUGUGUGUUCACCACUGGAAACAUGCGCUGUAUACGACAAAUGCCCCCCCCCACCCUCAAUCCAACCACGUUUUUUUCUACGACCAGACAACCCGGUCUGACAGAGUAAUCCUCGGAACACUCGCUGGACAUCAUUCCAACUGUAUUAUAUUGUAUAUGAGAUUUUUUAAUUUUAAAUAUCUGACACUGAAGUUUUGCUGCAUCAUUUCAAAUAGAUUUUGAAAAGCGCACUUAGUGAUUGCGACGCACAACUGACAACACUGAACCACAGAUGUUAAAGCCACAAUGUAUAGGCUUUUGAAAUGUCGGACUUUAGCGGCCCCCGGUGGCAGAUUAAAAAAAGACACCUGGACAGACACGGGGCCGACUCUGGACAUCAUAUCACACAUUAUCUGGAUCAUUGGAAUUAUUGUAAAUAUUAAAAUCAUAAUCACCUACACAAAUCUCCACAAAGCUGCUUUAACUAUACAAAUAAUUAAUUGAUAUUUCUCUUUUCAUCACUUGUUCGACAUGAGUAAACUGUUCAUACAGGCUUGUAAAAGGCAACACUCUCGAAUCGUCAUGUUCGGUCAAUCAAACAGACUAAACAUUUGCACUAUAACCAACACCUGUAGCUUGAAAUGAGACAAAAGGACUUUUCGACUAUUUUUGUCAACAUCCUUCAAGGAUCACACAACAAAGAGCUCAGGUGGGUCAAUGUUCCUCAUUUCACACAAGCCAAACCGAGAUGUUUAAAAUGUCUUUGGCUGAAGGACGACAUUUCGUUUUAGUAAUUAAUCAAAAAGUGUCACAAUAGAGAAUAGAUGUGAUUCCAUUGUGCCAACUGAAAAGUUUAUACUGUACAAAUGAUUUGUGUGUUUCUGAUGAAGAUAUCAUUGUUUACAGAACUAUAAUAAAACAAAUGUGAGGUACCAACUCAGA